AUGCCGAGGGGUCUGCGGCACAUGAUCGGUAUUCUGGUUCGAAUAUUUGAAUGCGGGCUCGAUAUUGAACUGAAUCACCUGCUAAACUUGUUGGAGAUCAAAAAAGCUCCGAAGGGAGACAGAGUUUACAUCUCCAACAAGUCCAACCGCCGGAUCAUAGGUGGUUUUCCAAGCAAGGAUCAGUUUUGGACCGAGCGCUUCUUCUAUGUCUUGGUAUGUCUUGUUUGGAACAUUCUUCCCCCAAUUCUUGCGGCUCGGAGAGUUAAUUGGAGGAGGCAUUUUACAUUCAAGAGAGUGGAAAGAGCACGAGCCAUUCUUGCCGGAGUUCCUGUUAGCUCUUCGUCUUCAAAUUCCUCACUAGACACAAGGGAGAAAAUGGUGAUCAUUACUCUUAGAGAUAAGAAAAGGCGCGAAGAAGAAGAAGCUGCGAGACGAGCCGCUGAGGCGGCUCAAACAGAGACCGAGGCUUCAUCGAGGCCCCCGACUUCGGUUUUACAGAAGCAUGAUUCUGGUCGAAAACGUUCAGCCGCUGAUAAGGGGAAGGGCGUAGCUAUCCAAAAGGACAAGCCGACCAAGAAGAAGCGCAAGCAGGCUCCUGGUGAUCCCGCUGCACGGAAACUGGUCGUCGACGACCCUGACGCCUCGGCAAUGAUGUUUUCACGUGUUAACAAUGCGAAGACGCGUCUUCCUCCUCCUGAGAAGCUGAGGAGACUGAGGUCGUAUGGCGCGAUGGCACAGCGCGGUACCAAGUUUGUAGCGGCCAUCAACGAGCUGAUGGCUGAAUACGAGGCAGACCUGUCCAAGGUCGAACGUCGCCUGGACGAGGCUCGAAACGAGACCGCGGCGGCAAAGGGGAAGCUGGACGAGGCGAUGACCAAGGUGUCGAGGCUAGAAGAGGAGAAGAUAGUUCUUCGUGCCGAUGUCGACAAGGUUUCUGCCUCGGUCAUUCGCCUCGAGGAAGCUAGGAGAGCCAAAAGCGCCGAGGUGGCGUUGCUCAAAAGGCGUAUGGAGGCCAAGGAUGCCUUGUUUAACGCCAAGGUCAAGCGUGCGAAGAAGAAAGCGAGGCGAGAGCUGACGGCUAAGUUUCAGGAGCGCCUCGCCAAGGUGGAGGAAGGUUUGGCCAAGCUCGAGAAGGCCAAAACCGAUGAGAACGAGCUGGGGCAAAUCAAGGGCAACCUUGCGAUGAUUGUCGAUCUGAGGAAACCAGACGCCCCAACGCUCGACGACGACGAGGCGAAACUAAAGAGCUGGGAGAGCGAGUACACCGAGGUGAGCUGGUCUUCUUGA